AUGAAUCAAUCAAAAGAGGAAAGACAUUUUCAAAAUAUAAUUAAAAAAAUUAAAAAUUAUAGUAUAUAUGACGAAAUAAAUAAGAAUACAAUUGAUAAAAAUAUCAUAAAAAAGAUAUCAAUUUUAUAUGAUAUUUUUAAUCAUAUAAAUAAAAAAAGAAAUAAUAAUAUUAAUGAUUUUAUAUAUACAGAUGAUAUUAAGUAUUCAUUAAAAUAUGAUGAUUUUGUAAAAAUUAGGUUUCAUAUUAUACCUAUAAAAAGAAAAGGACUAAGUUCUAUAGAUGAAAAAAGUUACAAUUUUGUAAACAAUUUAAAUAAUAUAGUAACAAAUAUAUAUGAUCCUUCUAGUUAUAAUAAAUUUUUAAGAAAUGAAAUAGAAGAAGAUAAAGAAAAAUUAAAUAUUAUGAUGAAAAGUAUUAAUGAAAUAGAAUGUGCUUAUAUCUAUAAAUAUAGGAGUGAUAGCAAGAUAAAAUUAACAUUUGACGUAUUUUGUCAUAAUUUUUACAUUUUUCUUUCUUAUGAUUAUAAAAAAAAUAUAAGUAUUCAAAAUUUCCAAAAUAAAUAUAAUCAAAUAAAAGUUAAUAAUGAGUUUGAAUUGUCAACAGGACAAAAUAUUUUACAAAUUAAUUCAAUUGGUAUGAUAUUAAAAAAUUAUAAUAAUUCAUUUGAAGAAGAUAUAUUAGAAAAAUUAAAUCCAUUUAUAUUAGAAUCAGAGAGUAUGAUUAAAGAAUUGCAUUCAAAAAAAUAUAUUAAAACAAAAAAUAUAGAAUUAGAAAAUGAUUUUUUUAUUAAAAAUUCGAAUUACGAAGAAGACAUGAGAAGAUUAAUUCACUUUGAAAAAAUCAAAGAUGAAUAUAAAAGAUUAAAAAAAAGUAUUAAAAAAAAUUUAGUCUUUUAA